ACUAGAGAUAAGAUUAACAGAAAAAGAACAGGCCUUGAGGCAGGCGAGCGAUGAACGUGCUGAACUGCGAGAUCAACUGAGGCGGAAAGAAACCCUCCUUUUGGAGAAAGACAGAACUUUGGAGACUCUGGAGAACUCAAGGAAAGGUACAACUGACCGCUUGGAUCGACUAGAGAAACAAUGGCAGGACGAGAGAAGAGCGCAACGAAGUGCGUACGAUACGUUACGUGACGAGAAGCGUGCUUGCGAAGAACGUUUGCAACGUGCUGAAACGGACGUGGAAACGUAUCAAAGACGCAUUCGCGUCCUAGAACACGAGAUGGAAAGAGCUCGUCAAACCACCGACAUCUUCCGCGGGGAUCAGCCGUGGAUGAUCUCGAGAGAUGAAAUCAAACUCUCCGACAAGGUCCUGGGUACUGGGGCGUGGGGAAGAGUUGUGGAAGGGAAUUUUCGAGGUACGAAAGUGGCUGUGAAAGAAAUCCACGAAAUCAUUCAGUCAGCACACAACAGGCUUCUGUUUGAUCGCGAAAUCACUUUUGCUACCUUAGUGAGACAUCCCUGUAUUUUACAGUUCUUGGCUGUGGCCGAAUACCGCACUAGUAAGCCACUGUUAGUUGCAGAGCUCAUGGAUAUGUCUCUCUCGCAAUUAGUAAGGGAUGAAAAAUCUCUGGGCAAUCGAUUCAUCCGAAUUCUGGCGCUUGACGUGGCUUACGGACUCAACUAUCUUCACUGCUUUCGGCCCAAUCCCAUUCUUCAUCGUGACGUCAACAGUGGUAACGUCAUGGUUUGGCGCCAAGGUGACAAGUGGCGCGGGAAACUCUGUGAUUUUGGGUCAGCGGAGUUCAUGGGCAGCAAAAUGUCAGAGAAUCCGGGCAAUCCGUUUUACUCAGCUCCUGAGGCAAGCAACUCGAGCCAAUCUCCCAAGAUCGAUGUUUACAGUUUCGGUGUACUUCUUUGUGAGCUUUGCAUAAACCAAACACCCAAUCCUGAUGAAAGAGAGCGACAGAUUGCAUUGAUGUGGAACAAAAAUCUGCGAGAUUUAACAGAGCAGUGUAUUACAAAGGAUCCCUCCAGGCGCUCUACAAUGAGUGACUUCAUUACUGUUUUAGAGCCGAUGACCAUGUGACUUCAUAUAAUGAUGUUACCAUGGUGACUUGGUGAAUAUUUUGAAACCCUGAUGAGCUGUUUAGUUAUACAGAUACUGUUACAUUAUUAAUUGAUUUUGCUCAAGCUUUGGAAUAAUGACAUGCUUGUGAAAGACUAAAUCUUUUAUGUAUAAGGGAAUGACUUAGGGAUCAGUUGAAGAAGACUGUGAAAGUUUUGUUUUACAAACUGGUUAGAAAUAAUAAUAAACCAAAAAGGUUCAAGGAUGGUGACAAACGACGAACUUGAAAAAUUUAGGCUAAACUUUUCAAAAUGCGCAAACCGUGACUUAGCUCCUUUAAUUAAGCAAGACUGUCUACACAGUUACAACAAUGGCGGAUCUACUUUCUUCAAUAUAGGACUGCAAGGCCGCUAGCCAUUCAUAAGCCAGCCAUUCCGGCAUAAGAAUGAUUGACGGGGAUCAGAGUUUUGAAUUUGGAUCUUCAACUCGUGGUCAUCACAUGGCCCAAGCGCUCACAUGAGCUCAUCCACGACCCUUGAUUUAGUAUCGCUAACAAACCACAAUUUUUGGUAAAAAACGUAGAUUUCAGGUUUCAAACUGUAUGCGCGAUGUUCUGAAGUCGUAAAGCUGGUUUAUACAUGUUGUGUACCAGCUCUUGUGGCACUGACCACCUCACCUCAACCACUUAGACCAGAAUAAAACAAUUGAAAUUGUG